AAAGGGAAGUACAAAAUUACUGUUGUAAUAAUCACAUGUUUGUUGUUAAUAUAAGAUUAAACUUAGAGUAUUGAGGAACAGACAAGACAAUCAUUUAACGUGUUUUGGAACUGAAGCUAACUCUUCACUAUGAGAUUUUUUCUGCUUUUGGCUUUGAUAUCAGUCAGCCUUUUCCUCACUAUGGCUAUACAGCCUCUUGGAAAAGGCUACAACAGUCACUGCAUGUGUUUGAAGCUGGAGUCCAGGGUAAUCCCCCAAAAAAGCCUGCGUAGUGUAGAAAUCUUUCCUAGAGGCUCCCACUGCAGGAAUACAGAGGUCAUUGCUGGCUUGGUGAGUGGAGAAAGGAUCUGCCUGAAUCCUCACACAAAGUGGGUUAAGAAACUAAUCCAGUUUAUUGAGAAGAAAGACAGAGAGAUAAAGAAAGCAUAAAGGACAUGAAAAAAUGCUCAUGAGGAUAGGCUAUUUCAUGCACAUGAUCAGAUCAAAUUGUACAUAAUGUUCGUCUUCUUUAAUAUUAGAAAAAGGAUUCAUAAUAUUAUGAUUUCAUCAGCAACUUUUUUCAUGCUCAUAACAGCUUGCUGUAAUAAAAAAAUCUUAGUUACCUGUUCACUUGCAAAUGCUUAAAUGAAACGAUGGAUUGGAGACAUAACCGAUAAUGCUAAUAUAUUAUGUGCAUUCAUGUCAUGUUAGACCUUUUUAUUUAUAUUAAUGUUAUAUUUAUUUCAAACAAUUUUCAAAAAUGGUGCUAUCAUAAUUAACCUCUGUUCCUGUAAUUCACAUACCUCCAGUUUUACUAUGCUUGUUAUACUGCACAGUACAUACCUAUAAGGCAAUUGACCUUCAACAAGCCAUUCAACAAAUCAAAAAUAAUUUACGUUUUUUUUAAGUGAACUGCUAUAAGAUAACUGGAUUUUUUUUUUUUACCCAAAAUGUGAAUUUUCAAAUGACUGCAAUGUUGUUAUCUUGUUCACUUUUAUGAUUCUCUUUUUAUGUUUAUAUUACAUUACUUUUUGUACAAUUGUGUAUCAAAUUAACAAAUAAAAAAGUAAUGGCU